AAGAACAACAUGCAAAAUAACCAACAACAACACAACGACGACGACGACGGCCAAUAAUUGACGCGCCUUUCAUGUAAACAAACGGAGAGGCUCGACGCGUAGCGCUUGUUUUGGUGCAUUUUUUGUUCAGACCCGCUUGAAAUGGCCCGCCGGAAUGUGUGGACGCCGGAGGAAACCCGGGAACUGCUGACGAUCAUCAAGGAGCUGGAUUUGAUGAAGCUGUUCGGCGAGGAGCGCAACACCAAGCUGUACCAAAUCACGGAGAACGAGAUGAAACAGCGCGGGUACUUCGACAAGGACGCUUUUCAGAUCGAACACAAGUGGAAAAAUCUAAAGCGUUCGUACUACAAAACAAAGCGCGAAAACUACCUGGCAGAGUCGUGCGAAUAUUUCGAGGAACUGGACGAGCUGAUGGCCAUGAAGCCACCGGCACCGUCGAGCUCCAAAGGCAAAGAAUCGGCCAGCCAACCGAAGCGACCGAGAGCGGUGCUGGAAAACUUUGACGUGCUGCUAACCAAGCUGGCCAAGGUGGAUCGGGAAAAUAACGAAGAGUUUUUCAAAAAACAGAAAGACCUAGUAGACUACGAGUUUGACCUGUUCACGCAUGACGAGCGCCAGUACACGACGAAGGUGUCACAGAUGCUGAACCGCAACAUGAACGAUUUCUGCGUGAAAGCGCAGCAGAUUUUGUUGCAGGAAGGGGUGGUGAUACGGAUAAUCGAUGAAACGCCCACCAUGGAAGAUAGUACGGAGGAGCUCGAGCUGCAAUGCAGCGACCAGCUGGCGCACCCGGUUGUGAAGAAGGAAAUUGUGAAGGAGUUUUACCAAACGUGGCGAGAGGAGGAACCAUUCUAAAGUGGGGGGGUGGUGCUGACGUCCACCGUUUCCCCGGCACACACAUGCUGAUUGAUAAAUAUUGAAAACGAAAAUUCAAUUAUGCUAAGUAAAUUGUAAUCAUAUUUAGUUUAUUCGUCUCAAUAAUCAUAGCCUAACAAAUUGCAUAAUA